UUUCAAUUUCUAUCUUGUUGAUUCUUGAGCAUCAUUAGUCAUUACUGAACUUCAAAGCUUCCAAAGACUGUUGCCAUGGCAAGUUCAUCAUCAGAUCAAGGUGCAACACCAUAUUCACAUUUCAAGUAUGAUGUUUUCCUGAGUUUUAGAGGCUACACAAGGCUCAGAUUCACAGACAGUACUCUAUCAUGCUUUGGUCAACAAAAGAAUCGAAACUUUCAGAGAUAGCGAGAAGCUCAGAAUAGGCCAGGAACUCGAAGGUGCUCUUGUUGAAGCAAUUGAAAGAUCAAGGAUGUCAAUUCUUAUACUGUGUGAUGAGUAUCCAACCUCCAAGUGGUGCCUUGAUGAACUCGUCAAGAUCAUGGAGUGUUCCCACAACGGAACAAAGCGACCAGUGUUACCAGUUUAUUACUAUGUGACAAAAUCAGAUGUGCGGUACCAACUCAAUGAAUAUGCAAAAGCCAUGACUGAUCAUCAAAACAAAGGCAGAUACAAUCACAAGCUGAAAGCAUGGAGGUCAGCCUUGUCCGAAGUAGGCAAGAGUUAUGGUCAACGCUGUAAUCAGAAUACACCAUGGGGUAUGGCUCUUGACAACAUUGUUGAAGAGGUCACAAAAAGACUUCCUCCGAUGCCUUUGUGUAUUGACCGUCCACUUGGAUGUGAUUCUGAACUUGAAGAGGCAAAAUCACUUCUACAGAUUGAUUCUCGUGCUACCUGUUUGAUGCUGGGAAUUCAUGGAGAUGGUGAACUAAGCAAAUUUGUUGCGGAGCUGUAUAACAAGAUUAGGCCUCACUUUGUAACUGCAAGUUUUCUUUCCAAUAUCAGUGAGAAAACAAAUGAAAGUGGUGGUGGCCUAGAACAUCUUCAAGAAACGCUUCUUUCUGAGAUGGGAGAGGAAAUAAAGACCAAGAUCGGAAGCACAUUCAAAGGAUCCUCUGAGAUAAAACAAAGACUAGGCCAGAAAAGAGUUCUUCUAGUUUUGGAUGAUGUUGAUAAUAUACAACUGAAAUCACUAGCUGGAGGAAUUGAUUGGUUCGGUCCUGGUAGCAGAAUCAUUAUAACAACAAGAUAUGAAGAUGUGCUAGAUGAGCAUGUUUUAAAUAAUGGUAUUGAGGUUAAGAAAUAUUGCUAUGAUGAAGGUGAAUUCGAUGGCAACAAAGGAAGUUAUUCUAUGAUGGAAGAAAAUAUAGUCGGAUUACAGAAAGACUUUGAUGAGGUAAUUAAUCAACUGAAGGAAGAAGAUUCUCCAAGGAAUGUUGUUUCCAUUGUUGGCAUGGGUGCGUUGGGAAAGACUACCCUUGCUCGAAAGAUCUAUAACAGCAAAGAGGUCAGGAAGCUAUUCCCUUGCCGUGCAUGGACAACUAUUUCAAAAGAAUACAUGGAAAAAGAAGUUUUUAGAAACCUUCUCAACUCUUUGACUUUACAAAAAUCUAAAUAUAAAAAUUCAAGUGAAGAGGAAUUGAAGGAGAAGGUGAGGAAAUGUUUGAAUGGGAAGAAGUAUUUGGUAGUGCUUGAUGAUGUUUGGGAAACAGAAGCGUGGGACAAGUUAAAGGAUUAUUUACCAGAUAACAAGAAUGGAAGCAUGAUACUGAUAACUACACGUAAAAAUCAUGUGGCGUAUUAUGCAAGGUCAAAGGAUCCUCACCACCAACAAAACUUCUUGGAUAAAGAUCAAAGCUGGGAAAUGUUUUGCAACAAGGUGUGAUGGUUUCAGUGGCUAAGAGAAGAGGGGGUUGAAUCUUAGCCCCUUUUUGCUUGCUAACACUUGCUGAACUUAGAAGAGACUUUUCUGUUUUAUCUCGUCCCUAACCACGAGACAUUUUCAUUUUGUCUCGUCACUUGACAUGAGACAUUUUUUAUUUUUCAUCUGAACAGUAAAAACAGAAUUGAAGUAGGAAGAAAGAGAGAA